UGAUCCCUACAACUCGCUUAGCGCCCCGGGUGCGUGCCUCUGCGCAGGGCAGCGCAGGAAAGUUGUGAGGUGCCGGGGUCCAGCCCCUAGAGUCUGAAGUGCUGGAAUCCGCAGAAGCCUCCCGCCACCGCGGGGUGGCAGAGUUGGGGGCAGGCUAGCCCCACGGACCCCAAGGGAUGGCCCCGCCCCGUGGCUGUCGGGAGGCCAGCCAUAGGGGGCGGAGUUGUCGCCGCCCCCCAUCUCGUGGAACUGCGGCCCCUUCUUAACCUCGGAGCCUCUGUCUGCCUCUCAUUCGUGUCUCCUGCCAAUCUCCCGCGCGAUGGCCUCGGCGCUGAGCUAUGUCUCCAAAAUCAAGUCCUUCGUGAUCUUGUUCCUCACCCCGAUCCUGCUGCUGCCACUCAUCAUUCUGAUGCCCGCCAAGUUUGUCAGGUGUGCCUACGUCAUCAUCCUCAUGGCCAUUUACUGGUGCACGGAUGUCAUCCCGGUGGCUGUCACUUCCCUCUUGCCUGUCUUGCUCUUUCCGCUCUUGCAGAUAUUGGACUCUAAGCAGGUGUGUGUCCAGUACAUGAAGGAUACCAACAUGCUGUUUCUUGGAAGCCUCAUAGUGGCUGUGGCCGUGGAGCGCUGGAAUCUACAUAAGAGGAUCGCCUUGCGCACCCUCCUCUGGAUAGGGGCCAAGCCUGCACGGCUGAUGCUGGGCUUUAUGAGCGUCACUGCCUUCCUGUCCAUGUGGAUCAGCAAUACAGCCACCACGGCCAUGAUGGUACCCAUUGUGGAAGCCAUGCUGCAGCAGAUGGAAGCCACAAGAGCAGCUACUAAGACCAAUCUGGAGGCACUGGAGUUAGUGGACAAGGGCAAGGCCAGCGAGUUGCCAGGAAACCAAGGGAUUUUUGAUGGAUCUGCCAUGGAGAAGCAGGAGGACCAAUACAAGAAAAGCAUGUGCAAGGCCAUGAACCUGUGUGUGUGCUACGCAGCCAGCAUUGGGGGCACGGCCACCCUGACUGGGACCGGACCCAAUGUGGUGCUUCUGGGCCAGAUGCAAGAAUUGUUUCCUGGCAGUAAGGACCUCUUGAACUUUGCCUCUUGGUUUGGAUUUGCCUUCCCCAACAUGCUGAUAAUGUUGCUGCUUUCCUGGUUGUGGUUGCAGUGCAUUUAUCUGAGAUUCAGUUUUAAAAACUCCUGCAGCUGUGGGGUAGAGAAGACUAAGGAGAAGGCCGCCUACAAGGUGCUGCGGGAGGAGUACCAGAAGCUGGGGCCUUUCUCCUUCGCGGAGAUCAAUGUCCUGAUCUGCUUCCUCCUGCUCAUCAUCUUGUGGUUCUCCCGGGACCCCGGCUUCAUGCCCGGCUGGCUGUCGCUUGCCUGGGUGGAGGGUGAGAAAAAGUACAUCUCUGAUGCCACCGUGGCCAUCUUUGUGGCCAUCUUGCUUUUCAUUGUGCCUUCACAAAAGCCCAAGUUCAACUUCUGCAGCCAGACAGAGGAAGAAAGAGAAACUCCAUUUUAUCCCCCGGCACUGUUGGAUUGGAAGGUGACCCAGGAGAAGGUGCCAUGGGGCAUCGUGCUGCUACUGGGGGGCGGAUUUGCUCUGGCUAAAGGAUGCGAGGCCUCAGGACUCUCCGAGUGGAUGGGGAAGCAGAUGGAGCCCUUGCAAACAGUGCCUCCUGCCGCCAUCACCUUGAUCUUAUCCUUGCUUGUUGCUGUGUCCACGGAGUGUACAAGCAACGUGGCCACCACCACCCUGUUUCUGCCCAUCUUUGCCUCCAUGUCUCGUUCCAUCGGCCUCCACCCACUGUACGUCAUGCUCCCCUGCACCCUGAGUGCGUCGUUUGCCUUCAUGUUGCCCGUGGCCACCCCGCCUAAUGCCAUCGUGUUUGCCUAUGGACACCUCAAGGUUUCUGACAUGGUGAAAACAGGACUAAUGAUGAACUUGAUUGGAAUCUUGUGUGUGUUUUUGGCGGUCAACACCUGGGGACGGGCCCUAUUUGAGUUGGAUCAUUUCCCUGACUGGGCUAAUGUGACACAUAUGGAGACUUAGGAAGAGCCACCAGACCAAGCCCACCGUCCCUUCCCUCCUGAGGAUUACAAAGCUUCUGGCAUGCCUUGCACAGAGCUUUGGGGAUCGUACCCCAAAGUGACCCAGAGAUUCCCACACCCCUGCAAGACCCAGCCAACCGGCCACCUCUUCCUCCAGACCCGGAUUCAGAGACGGUGAUGGGCAAUUGGAGGGCAGACUCUGAAGUGAGGGGAGCCCCUCCACAGGCUCAGGGCUUGUCAUCAUCUCUCUGAGUUGGGUAGGCUACAGAGAGACUAGGAUGCAGGCUCCUAUGUCAUGCGCCCUCUAGUGGCCACCGUGCAGGCCCCAUGAUGGUUUCUGGUUCUCACCUGCUUAGUCCCAAGUAGUCCACCUGGGAAUCAGAUAGAUCUCCAAGAUGGGAGCUGAGAAAAUAACCUGCCAGUGCCUGCGCCUCUUUCAGCUGCCUCAGAUCAUCUCUGUCACUCUAAAGGGCACCACCCAACCAGGACAGAGUGUGUGGUCUUGGGUGGCCUCCCACUGCUGGAGUGACAGUGAGAGUCAGCACCUCCUGGGGACUUUCAGACUCUUGCAUGGCAUCACCACCAAAGGAUGAACAAUUUGAGGUGCCAAAACUUCAGGAUGAUGCCUGCUUCCCCUUCUGCAGCUUACUCCUGGCCGACCUGUUCCCUUCCUUACCUUGUUCCAUUUUGACUAACCAUUUAUACCCUAGCUCCCUAAUGAGCCUCCUUCAACUCCUGGGUCCCUUUGUUGUCUGGGCCUGAAGCUGCUUAAAUCCUCUUGCGAGGGCCUCAGGGUCCCCACCUUUUCUCCCAGGCAGGUCAGUUUGGCUUUUCUGGGAAAUACUUUUUCUGCCACCCCACACAGCUGGGGUCACACUCCAAGUAUGGUAGCGGUGGCUCUUUGCGGACUCCAGUGGGGUAUCUAGGUCAUCCCUCAACUGCAGACCCAGAGUGGACACCACAGUUAAUUUCCAAUAGCCGGGUCACCUCAGAGUUAGUCAUGCUAAAGUCUGAGGUACUCUGGAAAGCCUCCUCUUUGUUGACUGGCCAUUGCAGCCCUGCCUGACAGCAACAGAGCACCAUUGAAAAUGAUCAGGGCUUGGAGGUCCCUGAGUACACACUCCUGCCCUUGAGUGAAUCUUCCUGAAGUUACUGGGCAAUGACUCUAGACUGGCCAUGAGAACCCUCAGAAGCCCAUGAGGGAGACAGGAGAGGUCACCACCUCUCGUUCCUCAAUUCCAUUUUCUUUCCUUCUUGUAUUGCCCUGGGAGAGGGGCAGGGGCAGAUAGAUGAGGUCCCUGGAUGGCAUUUUCCAGGGCAGGGAAACGUAUAAAAACCUAAGGAAACCCCAUCAAAGGACCAAAUGUGUGUCUAGGUUCCUUGGGAGGGAUGAUUCCUGACCACACUGUCAAGGUCUUGCCCUCGUUAAAUGCUCUAUCUCCCAUGGAAAGUUCCACUGUCCUGACUGGUUUCUGGUUUUCUGCUGUGUGAUGGGGGGUGGGGGAGGUGGAUGCAUGGACAGUGCCUCGCCGCUUCUCUCCUGUAUCUGGUGAAUCCACUAGUUAUCUUCGUUGAUCUUUGCAGCAACCCUGUGAGACAUGCAGUUGUUAUUAUCCUUGUUUGUCACUGAGGAAAACCAAGGCUCAGAGAAGCCAAAGUGAUAUGUCUUAAGUCCUGCAUCAAGUUAGUGGCAGUUACGGUUACAGCAAAGAUCUUUCGGCUCUGUGCCCACUGUUCAUCCCUCUAUUCUUUAAGGGCUUUGGCUUUCUAGGUCUUGUAGAGAAGGGUGAGUAACCAAGAGCAAGUCCACCUUAAACCUCUGCUUGUCCAGGGAAGAUCACCAAACAUGAUUCCUUUAUAUUGCCUCUUCUGAGAUGGGCUCAGGACUGUGCUAAAUAAGAGGCGAUCCCUGCCCUAAGACAUCAAAUAUUUGACAGGGAAGAGUGUUAUAGAAAUGGCUACCUCCCCCGCCACCAACACACACACACACACACACACCAAAGUCAAAUUAUUGCUUCCUUUUUAUCUACCCAUCUCACUUCUCUGCCACCAUCACUGUUGACUGGCCUGGCCCACAAGACUGAGGACUUUAACUCUUGCUGGGUCUAGAGCCAGGAACUCUGGCUGAGCCCAGAGCAGGCUGUGAUGAAUACGACUGAUAAAUGAACGAUUGAUCCAAGUGGUCAUUGAUCUGUAUGCUCAAUGGGCACACAGUUGUUGGUCAGUGAAGAUCAUCCAAGGUGGUCACUAAAAAAUGAGUGAUGGCCAGGUGUGAAGGGACUCUACCAGACACCAACUGGCUGAAGGCUGACAAGGGAACUGGGUGGAGGGCUUCAGGAGAGCAGAACCCACAGCUGAUGAGGUCGAGCAAAGGCUAUUUCUAAGCAAUGUCUCUUGCAAUCAACAGGAGUUGCCCAAACAUUAUGGCCUGUGCUAUUGAGAAAUGCAUUUGACUGCAAAUAAGAGAAAAUCUGUGCACAGUGGCUGAAACUGUAGCGACAUUUAAUGUUGACCUAACAGAAGUCUGGAGGAGGGAGAUGAUCCGGCAGCUUAUUUAGGCCACCAAGAACUUGGGCUCCAUGGUUCACUCUGUCAUCUUCAGGGGAUCUCACUUUACCCUCAGGCUGGACCCUCAGACUGUGUAUGCAUCUCAGUUCCCUCAAGGCAGGAGGAGAGAGGUGUAAGUGAAGCCUGGUGGUGCCAGGGUGCACUUUCCCCUUUUAUUAGGAAAAUAAAACCUUCCUCAGAAGCUCCA